AAUUGUGUCCAAGCCACCUCGAGAUGGAGGCCGAAAUUUUCCCGAAGGAAGUCAUCCUGGAGCUGGUGAAAGCCAGCUUUGAGCAGAUCUCGGCGGCCCAGUGGGCUCUGCUGGUGGCGGGAACCCCCGACUCGGAGACCAAGGCCAUCAUCGCCGACACCAUUGGCGACGUGAUCCAGAGGAUCUCCUCGGACGUGGUGAGGCACCUGCUGCCUGCCAUCACCGAUCACCUGCGAGGACAAGACUCUCAGACGCCGGUCAGGAUCGGUGGAAAAGAAGGACUCGGAAUCUGUUCUCGGGUGAUUAAGGCCAUCGACCGCUGCAGUCCGAAGCUGAGCGAGUGCCUGACUGAGACCUUUGCGGCCGCCCUGGACCUCCCGCCGCAGAAUUACGAGGGCGCGGGGGAGCUCACCACGCUGGUGGAGUCGGAGGUGAAGCACCGGGUGACGUCGGCCUUGUCCGUGGCCCGGAACACGAGCGAGUGGCCGUCGGACCCCACCCUCUUCAUCCGGGGCACCAUGUCCAGCGUGGGCAACCUGGCCUCCAUCUUCCGCAAAGCCGUGGAGUAUCUGAGGCAGGUGUUCGCCCGGGCCCGCACGCCGUGCGUGGUGCUGUGCGGCCGCUCCGCCAUGAAAGCCGGCGACAUGACGGACGCCGUGAGCGGGAUCCUCUUAAAGUGGUCUUGCGCUAGUCAGGGCGAGAAACCCAAGGAAAUGCCGAUCGACGUCGAGACAGUGAGCCAACACUCUGACCACUUGUACGUGGUGACCGAGAGCCCCGGCUCGGGGCUCACGCAAAGCGCUCAGCUGACCGCGUUGGACAUAACCAGAAGCAUCAUCCAGGAACCCUUCGGUGGCUCCGGAGACCGCGCGGAAAGACUGACGCGCUUCAACCUCAACCUGAAGCUCAUUUCCAACAAAGUCAAGAAUUUCUUUAACUCGCAGGAGACGGCCGGCGCGCACGGCAGCCUCGCCAUGCGCAAGUCGCGCUUCUUUAAGUUUGCGCGCAUGCAGUUUGCGCGCAUGUUGGGAGGACUCAAGCGCGCCUUCAAGAACCAGGAGGGUUGUCUGGUGUGCCUCAAGCCGGACCAGCAAAGGUCCCCGAGAGGGGACUCCAAAGGCACCUUCAGGUCCAGCACCUUGCACGUCAGGCCGUCGCAGCAUCCCAAGCUUGAGUUCGAGGCCAUCCAAGAGAUGGUGGCCAAGCUGUUCGAAGACCUCAGCAAGCUGGAACCGGAAGCCCGCGCCGCCAAAAUCCAGCGCUACAUGGACGAGAAGCUGCGGAGCUUCUCUCAGGAUCUCACCUCUCGCCUGUACGAGUACAUCAUGUCCUGUCAGAGCGAAGUAUACGAGGUGCCCUCCAGCCGCUCCAACACGCCUUUCGUGGACUCGGUGCUGUGGGGCCGGCGGGGGAAGAAGAACUGGGACGGCGGGCAGAAGUUCUCCCCCGAGGUCCUGUACGCCAUGACGGAGGACGCGGCCUGGAGGUUCCUGCAGCAGCUGCUGCUCUGGCUGGAGACGGAGGACGGCGAGACGUACGCCGACGAAGUCUCCGGCGCCGUCGGCGAGAUCAACCAGCUGGUCGUCACGGCACUCAACACGGGCGAUGACCUGGAAGACGAGCUCUCCGGAGAAGGGAGCUCGGAUGAGGCGGCGAAGGACGACGGCCGGAGAUUUUCCUCCAACGUCCGCGAAAGCCGCGCCAGGACCUCGGCCUCUUCCGACUCGGAACCCCUGUCCUUGAAGGACCUAAGCGAGGUCUUGGCCUUCACGCUCGCAACGCAGCUGGGCCACCGCCUGCCCAGGAAGUGCAAGAGGUCUCUGAACCCGGACGCCCUGAUGCUGGUCGUGCAGCAUCUGUCGUCCAGGGCGCUGCAGGAGAUCAGCCCGGGGCACAUAGACAACAUCGAGACGCUGGCCAACGUGGAGGAGGUGAUCGUACCCGUGGUGAAAAAUCUGCUGGCCGAGUUCGGCACGCCCGAUAAACUGGUGGAGGCCGUGACGUUGGACGAGGCGUAUUUUGACGACGUCGUCAUGAGGCAUCUCACGGUGCAACUCAAAGCCCCCAGGGAUGUGCCCCCCAGCCCCUUGUCAUCCAUCAUGUGCUGCUAUCCGUGUCGCUGAUCCCAUCGGACGUAUCGGUCGGGUAGUUCGCGUGACCCCGACCGUCACAAACUGCAAAAUCCAGCGCCCCGAGUUCCGAACCGAAGGUGCCGGAUGAAUCUUCGACUCGCUCAGCUACAGACACGGACUCCGUUGGACUGGAGUUGCCCGCUCACCUUUUCCAACAUGUAGAGAUACGGUGGGUU